CGAAGUUUUCUCCAUCUCCUUCUUCGUCUCCUUCUUCUUCCAUCCCAAAUUUUAGGGCUAUUGUAACUAAAUCACAUUUUGCAGAUUCUGAAUUUUCCCCGUUUUGACAUUUUUGUAAAUAAUAAUGUGUCGAUUAAGCAACAUAGUGGUGAGUCUCCUGAAUAGCUGCACCAUGAUCGUCGGCCUAAUCCUGAUUAUUGCGGCCAUGAACUUCCGCAGCCAUGGCGGCACCGAAUGCCAGAAGGUUCUGCAGGACCCGGCUCUCAUCGUCGGAAUCUUCUUCUUCAUCGUCUCCAUGCUCGGACUGAUCGGAUCCUGCUGCCGCCUCAAUUCCAUCCUCUAUCUGUAUCUCACCGUCAUGUUCUUGCUCAUUUUAGGGCUAAUGGCGUUCACGAUUUUCUCGUUGUUGGUGACGAACAAAGGAAUUGGACAGGCGGUGUCUGGAAGAGGGUAUAAGGAGUACCGGCUCGGGGAUUACUCGCACUGGCUCCAGAAUUACGUCGUUAACGACGAGAAUUGGAUUCACAUUAGGAGCUGUUUGGCUGAUUCCCCCAUUUGCCGGAGCCUGGCUGCUGAUUUCCAUAAAUCGCAGGCUGAUUUCUAUAAGGAGAAUCUCUCCCCCAUACAGUCUGGUUGCUGCAAGCCACCAUCCUACUGUGGGUUCGAGUUCAAGAACGCCACCUACUGGACAGGCCCGAAAACAGGCCCGGCAGUGCCCGACAGCGAUUGCAAGACCUGGAGCAACAGCCAGAACACACUGUGCUACGACUGCAAGUCGUGUAAAGGCGGAAUGCUAGCCAACAUUCGCAAGGAGUGGAGGCAUUUCGCCGUAUUCAACUCAUGCACUCUCGCGGUCAUCACUCUCAUCUAUUGCAUUGGCUGCUGCGCCACCAGAAGCAACCGCUCCAGCCAUAGGUAUAACAGAUACAAUGGCUAUCCUUAAAAACGAAUUCAUGAACAUUAUUAGGUUGUCUGUAGAUAUAUAUAUAUAUAUAUAUAUAUAUAUAUAUAUGAUGACAACAACUGCCCAAACUAUAGUUUCAUAGAUCUUUUUCUGAACUUGUUUGGGUUGUCAUGGUGAUGUGUGUUUUUGGUUCCUCCAAUUUGCAUCACGUAGACCUGUGUGGCCUGUUUUUCAGAAGUUUUUAAUCUCUGCAAUGAAAGGCUAUAAACAAAAGUUGUGCAGCCACCUAAGUCUUUUUCUUUCUCUUUUUCUUUUGUUAAGAAUUAUUAUCACUGAAUUCUUGCCAUAUUCUCCUGUUUACAGACAA